AGACAUGAUUCUGGCAAAAUGAGCAGUGGGAGCCCUCUGCCAGGUGCAAUACUCAAUUACGACUAGCAAUGACAUAAAUAGCAUGCAUGGAUUGUGUAAUAUUAAAGUUAAGCAUACUAUUUUGAUGAUAAAUUAUGUGGUGACCAGCUGUGAACAAUGGCAUCAAGAGUUCUUGGUAGUCAACCACUAACCUUUGUCACCAGCAAUGUGAAAAAGCUUGAAGAGGUGACAGCCAUUUUGGGGCAUCAGUUCCCCAUUCAGAUCGUCAGCAAGGACAUUGACGUACCUGAGUACCAAGGAACACCACAGGAGGUUGCUACUCAGAAGUGUAAGACAGCCGCAAGCAUCCUGAAGACACCUGUUGUUGUGGAGGACACAAGCCUGUGUUUUAAUGCUCUUGGUGGGCUACCAGGUCCUUACAUCAAAUGGUUUUUAAAAACCCUGAAGCCAGAUGGCCUCGUCAAGAUGCUGUCCGCAUGGGAGGACAAGACGGCCUACGCGCUCUGCACGUUCGCGUUCUCCCCUGGCGGUGAAAGUGAUGAAGUAAUAUUGUUCGAGGGACGAACAGAUGGCAUCAUCGUCUCUCCGCGAGGGCCGGCCGAUUUCGGCUGGGAUCCAUGCUUCCAGCCGGAAGGAUACAACCAGACGUAUGCCGAAAUGGAGAAGGAUGUGAAGAACACCAUAUCUCACCGGCGUCGUGCACUGAGUCGGCUGAGGGAGCACUUCACCAGUGAACAAGAUGGCGCUUGCAACAAAAUCGCCGGCGACACAAAAGAGCCGGUAGCAUGGUUCUAGCCAGGUUAAAACGGUGUCCGAUUCCAUGACGUGGAUGAGUUUGAAACUGAGCAGGCAACGCGUUGCUCGGAUAGAAAACGAGCGUGGCGAAUAUUCGUUGAAAUAUUUCGUGGCGCGUUUACUACAACUGGACGGCAGAUUGUGUCCAGUUAUGUCUGACGUGAAGCUUCAAGCGUAUUGCCGAUGUAAAAGCGGCUGUGAUUUUCUGGCAGGUCCGCUAAUUCACAAUAUGUUUAAAUGUAGCUGACUGCUUGGGACCUUGCGCUCAAGCAGCCGUUGAAAUGCAGGUUUGGUGCUUGUGAAGAUAUGUGUCUCUGCACUCCUUGCGUGCGUCUUCAAGUUUUCCGGGAAGGAACAUAAGCUAUCGGGACGUAUGGACUAGUUUUAAGACCCAGACAGCUUGGGGCGGGGACAUACAUGUCAAUAAUACACGCGUAGUCUUACUUGCUGCUCGGACUGACAAGCAUCGCCAUAAGUGAUCAGCGAUGCAACCUGUCCUACUGCCAAAAUAAACUUUAUGAAGUCUGUUU